CAGUAUUUUCGGGUCAGUGUAGAAGUCGGAGGAGCGACCGUGUCUUCUUAUUUAUUUUAUUUUCCGAGAUAAUUAGUUACAAUGGAAGAAGACACAGAAUACCUCAAGCUUCCCCUGGAGGACAGGUGUAUCCACAAGCUCUGGAAGGCACGAUUGAGUGGAUAUGAAGAAUGCACAAAGCACUUCCCAAAGAUUGUGGAUGAACGGUCCCCAGAAUUCAACAAAUUUGCUCCUCUUAUGAAAAAAUUUGUAACAGAUAGCAAUGCAGUUGCACAAGAGAAAGCAUUGGAAGCUGUACUGGCUUUUGUGGAAAAUGCACAUGUGGCUGGAAGGACAACAGCAGACGUUACAAAUGGAAUCGUUCAAAAAUGUUUAGCAGCACCGAAACGCGGUACACAGGAAAAAGCAUUGGAGGUGAUUCUCAUGUACUGUGAAAUUGAGAAAUAUGAAGUGGUUCAAGAGGAACUGAUGAAAGGUUUUACACAGAAAAAUCCCAAAGUUGUUGCUGCAUCUGUACGAGCAGUAACAACUGCCUUGAGAGAAUUUGGCCCAAAGGUUAUGAACCCAAAGCCACUAAUAAAGCAGAUGCAUACACUUCUGGAAGACAGGGACAAAAAUGUACGCGAAGAGAGCAAAAAGAUGGUCAUUGAGAUGUAUAGGUGGAUUCGACAGGCCCUCAAGCCACAGAUGUCUUCCUUGAAACCAGUGCAGAUCCAAGAACUGGAAGCAGAAUUUGACAAGCUUGGCAAUGAGAAGGUGGUCCAAACACGCUUCUUACGGUCACAGCAGGACCUAAAGGCUAAAAUGGAAGCUCAAGGAGAUGAAGAGGAAGAGGAAGAUGAAGAGGUAGAAGCAGAUGUCCCAGAACUGGAUCCAUUUGAGUUCCUAGAGCCAGUCGACAUCCUCUCAAAACUUCCUAAAGAUUUCUAUGAAAAGGCUGAAGCUUCAAAAUGGAAGGAUCGCAAAGAAGCAGUAGACCUUCUCUUGCCACUGUCCCAGUGUCCAAAAUUAGAGAGUGGAGAUUACCACGAUCUAAUGAAGAUUCUUAAAAAGAUCAUUGGGAAGGACACCAAUGUAAUGAUAGUAGCAGUGGCUGCCCAGUGCUUGACAGGAUUGGCCAAGGGUUUGAAGAAGAAGUUUUCGCCUUUUGCCUUAUCCUUCACAGAAACCAUUUUAGAGAAAUUCAAGGAGAAAAAGGUCAACGUUGUCGCAGCUCUGAGGGAUGCUAUUGAUGCAGUUUUCCAGGCAACUAAUAUUGAAGCUAUCCAAGAGACUGUUAGUGGUGCUUUGGCAAAUAAGAAUCCUCAAGUGAAGGCAGAGACUGCAGCCUUCUUGUCCCGUGCAUUUUGUUACUGCACUCCAACAGUUUUUAAUAAGAAGCUGUUGAAAGUAUAUGUUGCAGAUCUUGUAAAAACACUCAAUGAAUCAGAUCCAACUGUCCGUGAUAAUUCAGCAAUGGCUCUUGGUGUAAUGUUGAAAGUUGUUGGUGAGAAGCAGUUGAUGAUAUUCGUUGGAGAAGUGGAUAACCUUAAGAUGCAGAAGAUUAAAGAAGCAGCUGAAAAGGCCGAGCUGAAGGUCAAAAUCUCGGCCCCCAAGGCAAAGAAACCAGCACCAAAGAAAGAGGCACCUCCACCGGCUGCUGAGCCUCCCCCUUCAACUACAGCUCCCCCGAGGAAAGUGGUGAAAGCUGGCGUCAAACCCGGAGCCUCAGCAGGGCCAGCCAAAGGAAAAAAACGUUUAAAAGGAGGAGGCGGAGGAGGUGGUGGUGGAGCAGGAGGUGGAGGAGUCCUAGAGGAAUGUACAGAAGCAGAACUUUCAAUAGAAGAUGCUGUUGAGAAAGCAAGUGAAGUCUUGCCUGAGGAUGUUGUCAGUGGAGUUACAGAUGCCAAUUGGAAGACCAGAUUGGCUGCUGUUGAAACCUUUGGUAAUACUAUCCAGACACUUGACCGGAGUGAAAUCCCAUGCCAGGCAUUAGUAAGAGUUCUGGCACAAAAGCCAGGCUUCAAGGACAACAAUUUCCAGGUUCUCAAACUCAGACUAGAAGCUCUCAAAACCCUUGCUGAGAACUCAGACUUUACACGACGCUCUGGAGAAGUGUGCAUCCAAGACCUUGUCGAGAAACUUGGUGAUCCAAAGAAUGGUUCUUUGUGUGGAGAGGUUCUGAUGACCAUAGCAGAGGCUGCCAAGCUGCAGUGGGUUGGGCCUGAGGUCAUGACCAGAGCCUUUGAACAGAAGAGUCCAAAGAUUCAGGAAAUGGCACUGAAGUGGUUAUCAGAUGCCAUCACAGACUUCGGAUUUGUACUACAACCAAAAGCUCUUAUUGGCGACAUUAAGAAGGCCUUAGCACAUACCAACCCUGGUGUGAGAACAGCAGGAAUCUCCCUGUGUGGUACUAUAUACCUUUACAUGGGAGCUACACUUAGGGUCUUCUUUGAGGAUGAGAAGCCAGCACUUCUGCAGCAGAUUGAUUCAGAAUUUGAGAAGAUGAAUGGCACAAGUCCUCCGGCUCCUACGAGAGGCCUUAACCGGGGCAGCAGUACAGAAAAUGAUGAUGAUGCUGAUGAUGUUGAUUCGGGUCCAGCUGUCAUCAACGUUCAAGAUCUUGUACCCCGAACUAAUAUCAGUGAUCAGCUAACAUCCUCCCUUUUUACAGAUUUAUCUGAUAAAAAUUGGAAGGUCAGAAAUGAAGCUCUACAGAAGGUUUCCAGCAUUAUCUCAGAGGCCAAAUUCAUUAAGGGUGACAUUAGUGAACUCCCUUCUGCUCUGUGUGCUCGAAUGAUGGAUACUAACAAAAAUUUAGCUCUGGAAGCACUGAGAUUAACUGCAUCUCUCUCUGCUGCCCUUGGACCAAAUUGCAAGCCUCAUACAAGGAACAUUGUGCCAGGAAUGUUAGCUGCUCUCGGAGACAGCAAGCAAAAUAUUCGUCAGCAGGCCUUGAGCACUCUUAACUCAUGGGUGGAGCAAACAGGCCUGAAAGAAACAGUUGAUGGUGAAAUAUUUUCUGAUGCCUUGAAGUCAGGCUCUCCCUUCCUCAAGUCCGAGCUGUUCUUGUGGAUGGCAGAGAAACUAAAAGAUGCAACCCCAAAAUCUGUCAACAAAGAAGAGUUACACGCAUGUACACAGUACCUCUUCAUGGCCCUGGAAGAUCGUAAUGCUGAUGUCCGGAAAGGUGCUAAUGAGGCUGUUCUGCCAUUCAUGAUACAUUUGGGAUAUGAUGGAAUGGUGAAACAUACCAAUAAAGUCAAGCCUUCAUCAAAGAACACUGUGAUGCAAGCUUUAGAGAAGGCUAAACCCAACCUCCCAGCUAAGCCUCAGCCUAAGCCAAAGGCAGCUGCUGGUGGAGGAACUGGUCGAGGGGCUGCAGGAGCCGUUGCAGAAAGGCCUCAGGCAAGUGCUCCAGCUGCAGGCAGGGGAGCUGCUGCAGGAGUUAAAAAGGGUCUGAGGGCUCCAUCAGCAACACGCACUGGUUCUGGAUCAAGCCGCAAAGACCAGGAAGAGGUCGACACAUCACCACUCCUCCAGGUGAAUAACCUAAAGCAGCAACGUGCUUCAGAUGAGCAGAGGCUUAGGGUCCUGCGCUGGGACUUCACAGCCCCUCGGCAGGAGUUCAUCACCCAGUUGAAGGAUCAGAUGACUGCAGCCGGACUUAACAGACAGCUGAUGUCAAACAUGUUCCAUCAGGAUUUCAAAUUUCAUAUCAAGGCUAUUGAUGCUUUGAAUGAGGACCUCAACUCAAACCUCCCAGCUUGUAUCGCCAAUCUGGAUUUGGUAUUGAAGUGGUUAACUAUCCGGUUCUUCGACACUAACCCAUCGGUGAUCAUGAAGGCGAUGGAUUACCUGCAGCAGGUGUUCCAGUGCGUGUCUGAAGAAGGCUAUCACCUCCUUGACCUUGAAGCUUAUUCUUUCCUGCCUUUCUUAGUUACCAAGUUUGGUGACCCUAAGGAUGCUAUUAGAGGACCUGCCAGAAAUAUUGCUAAAUUGAUUUGCAACAUAUACCCAGCUAGCAAAGUGUCUCCAUACAUGAUGGAUGGUCUUAAAGCAAAGAAUGCAAGGCAGAGAGCAGAAUGCUUAGAGGCCAUGGGCAACUUGAUAGAAGUGUAUGGAAUGUCAGUAUGUCAACCAUCUCCUGGUGUAGCACUGAAAGAAAUAGCCAAACAAAUUGCUGAUCGAGAUAACUCCGUCAGAAAUGCUGCUCUCAAUGCCCUGGUGCAGGUGUAUUUCCGUGAAGGUGAAAAGGUUUUCAAACUUGUUGGAAAUCUGUCAGACAAAGAUAUGAGCUUACUUGAAGAGCGCAUCAAACGUGCUGCCAAGAACAGACCAGUUAUUAAGAAGCCACCUGUCGAACCAGAAGUGCCCACUGUCAGAAGUGGUGGAGCGAGUGGCCGAGCUAAUCGGGUCAUCCCAACACCAGCUCAGCCAGCACCAGUGAUUACGAGAGAGAGAGAAGGUGCUGAUGGAGCAACAGGAGGAGAACAGAGCAGUCUUCUGAAGAGAAUGCAGAGGGAUCCCAGCUGGAGUCUAGAGUCAGUAGAUAGAAGCCAGGAAGAUCUAAAUUGGUCACCCCUUGUGCACCACAAGCCACCUCGCUAUGCAUCAGCUGCAGCAAUGAGUAGCAUAAGCAGCCUCAGUAGCAUGAGCAACAUAAGUAUGGGCAGCAUAAACAACCCUGGUUCCAAUAUGAUGGUCAACAAGCGUCCAAACAAGUCUACGAGUAGCCGGCUGAAUGGAGAUUGGCCACUGCCUCCCUUGCGAACAAGACCAGUUAGCACGGUGACCCUGGAACAUGCAAGACGCAUUUCCCGUUCACUCUCCUUUGUUCUGGGUGAACCUGAUGAAGACAAUCAGAUGGAAGAGAAAUCCUCUACACGCAAGGGAGCCUCUCAUACACUGCCUCCUCUUUCUCCUGACAUGCCUCCUCUUCUCACCAGAACUGUCACUUCACCUCACUUCUCUGGGCAAGCACAGAGUGGAUUUCUGAUUUGGGCUUCUGAUCUCCCUCACUCCCUUUUUAAGGCUAACACUUUUGUUUUCAUUAAUUGUGUGGUUGACCAUUAUAUCCUUUUUAUUGGAUUACUCACCAGACCAGGAUUCACUGCGACCUCACGGCCAGUGUCUUCAGGAGCACAGAUUGACACUGAAGGUGCUGCUCAAGCAAUUAAUCUGGUUAUAUCACAGCACAUCGGACCCCUGGUGCCGGUGAGCCAAGUUCCGGCGGAGCCCCGCAGCCCGUGUUUGCCAUGCCUCCCCCCCAGCCAUCUCCCAACCCCACCAACCCCUUCGCCAUGGGGGCUGGGGCCACGGAGAACACGUCUCUCAACGCAAGCUCUCAACCCACAUAUUACACCCCAGGUUGCCACCCCAGAUGCCAAUACUGUCAUCACAGCCCUGUCUCAAUUGGAUGAGGUCCUGCAGUCGGAGGAGAGAAGUACCCAGCUGGCUCCACACAUUGACCAGCUGCUGAUCCUGGCCACUCUCCAGUACCGUCUUGUCCUAAACACCAAGAUGGCUAACCCCAAUGUGAACAAAGAGGAGUGCAUCAAAAUAUACCGCUCACUUACUAACUGUUUGAUGAUGAUCUUCAAUAACAAGCAACUGGGAACCCAAGCUACACGAGAUGUUCUCCGGGAUGUGGUUCAUGUGUUGAUUAACAUCUUGUUAGAUCCUCGUCUAGCACAGCUGGAGGAUGGUCCACAAAUCAUUCGAGCAAUCAAUGUACUUGUUGUUCGCAUUGUGGAGAAAGCACAAUUUACUCAUGUAUUUAGUGCCCUUCUCAAGCUUCUACAUGAGAGUGUGGGAAGUGGAGGAGGAUGCAAGUUCACUGAACUCGUGAUGAAGUGUAACUGGAAGGUUAUUCGCAUUCUACCAACACGCUCUAAUGACCUAGAUCUUGACCAGAUUCUCCUGGAUGUUCACAAUUUCCUUGUGGCUUAUCCAGUCAACACAUGGGCAGAGCGGCCAUCAGAUACUCCUUUGCGAACCAUUAAGACUGUCAUUCAUACUUUAUGUAAGGUAUAUGGCACGAACAUUCUCAGUCACUUCUCCAAAAUUGAAAAUGCUCAAGGCUCGGAACUCCACAAGUACCUUACGAAGACGCUGAAGAAACCGAAGACGGAAGAUGAUGGAGGUGUUGGAGACAGUAACAGACUAGCAGCUGCUCAAGUCACAAGUGAUUCAGCAGAAAGUGUAAAAUCCCCAAAGAGAUUAAGCAAAACAGCUCAUAAUACGCUGUCAGAAAUAUUCCGCAAAAUUGGCUCAAAGGAGAACACAAAAGAAGGCUUGAUUCAGUUGUAUGAAUUCAAGCAGAAGCACCCUGAGGCAGACAUUGAACCCUUCUUGAGAAAGUCAUCACAAUUCUUCCAGAACUACAUAGAAAGAGGAUUGAAGAGAGUGGAGAUGGAGCGGCAAGCAGAAGGAAAAGUGGCUGCCAGUCAGGCUACAGAAAAUGGGUCAAAUUCAGCAGGACCCUUGGCUUCCAUCCAAGUCCCCGAUACCGCUAACUUCAACAUGAAUGAGCUUGUAGCUCAAUUCAAGUCUAUUGCUGCCCGUGCUGGCUUUGACAACACCUACAUUGAUACUGCUGUCAAGGAUAUAUGCAGUGCUGAAAAUAAGGGCUCAGGUGAACGACUUGACAUCUCGGAAUAUAUCAAGACAUUGUCAUCUGACUAUGGAAUAGAACAGAACAAGGAACAGUUCAGUUCACAUGAUCAGUGAGCAGAUGGUGGCUUUUAGUUCUAGCACAAAAAAGAAAGAAAAGAGAAAGAAAAAGGAACUGUUGGAAAAUGACGACUUUUGAUUACCUUCCACCUUUUUAAAAUUUGAUACCAUCUCUCUGUUUUUGUUUUUUGUUUCCUAAUUUAUUUAUUAUUAUUAUUAUCAUCAUUAUUCCUCAUAUCUACAGCUUACACUUUAAUUCUUGUUAUGAAGUGGUUUAGAAAGAUUUGCUGAACCCUGAUGAGUGACUGUGACGCUGUUAGGUUAAGGCCCAGUAAAUCUAUUGACAGGAUAAGGAUUUUUACAUGAACAAUUGCGAGAGAUGGAGUAUAAUGCCUUCUUUUUUUUACUGUGUAUUUACUUUUAAAAUGAGGAAUGUAUCACUCUUUAAUUCAUGGUGCAUAUAUUACAAAAGUUAUCUACAGACACUCAUAUGCAUGUAGUUUAAUUCCUUGGGACUGCAUGUUUUCAUUCCAUCUCGUACUUGUUCAUGCUAUGUUCAAGGUAUUUAUGGCUAGCUGUUCUAAGACAUGGAAAUUAGUAAACAAUUUUUUCUUGUGUAACAAUAAGUUUUGAGGUAAAAGAGGAUCCACAGAGAUAGUUAAUUCUCCCAAAGAAUCUUUAUACAUACACAUAUACAGUAUAUCUGUGGCUGCUUUAGUUGGUAAUCUGAUCUAGGAACCCAGUGAUUAAUUAUAUUCUUAUUGUUAGAUUGGUUAAAAACUAUAUAUAUGAUUAUAUCUUCCAUAUUAAUCUGUCUUAUUCACAAAACACUUGCACAGCCUUUAUGUGACUCUAGAAAAUCAAUUAUUGAAUUACCACAGCUGCGCAUGUAAGUGGUAUAUUCAGACAAGAACUCUUCCAUGUAUAUAAAUAUAUACAUAUAUGUCAGAUACUCAACUCCUCAAUAUUAGAAAGAUCUGUGAUCUCAUGAACUGAGUCAGAACAUUGAAUCUUACACUAUUGCAGAUUUGCAGUAUUUACGCACUUCAGUCCCUUUCUUUUCCAUCUGAUAUUUUGAUGGUGUAAUACUUGUUUUCUUCAGUACAUCUCUGUCAGCUAUGCUUUACUCUUAAUUAUUUUAUGAAAAUUUUCAGAUCAUUCCAUUAUUACUGAAAUGUUUUAUUGUGUUGUAUUUGAAAAAGAAAAAAAAGGAGCUUUGGAAGUGAAACACGAGGUCCUUGCAUUAGUAAUCAUCAAGUAGCUGCAUUUUUGCAGGAAACCAUUACUGUUUACUUUUUAUUCUGAAUUUUUAGUUUUAUUUUCUCAUACAACAUUUACCUUGACCUCAACGGAAGCUUUCGUAUCACAUGUAGUUUUCUUUUACAUAACUUUGUUUCCUUAUUUUAAUAAAACAUAGAGAAAAUUUUGUAAAUAUUCAAUUUUUAGUUACUUAUUAACUUAUCAGUCUAUGCUAGGAUUUAUUGUGGAUAGCUAAUAGUCAAUAAAGGUUAGAUAAAAACUUAA